CCGAACCACCCGACCCAUGUAUACCCCUAGGUAUUCCCCCUAUUUCCUCCUAUUUCUCCAUCUUCUCUCCCCUUUUCCCACCCAUAUUAUGGGAUUCUUUCCCAUUUUCCCCCAUAAAUCCACCCCCAUUGUGGAUGGUCUAAGAGCCGAGGUCGGGUGGAGAAAACAAGCCUUAGUUGGGUUAAAGUAAACAUCAACGUUGGGAUGUGGAGAUGACGGAAGCGUUAGUAGUAGAGUUUGGUCUUCAAAUCGCGCAUCAAAUGCACAUUGAGAGUCUCGAUGCAUUGAACAAAUGUUCAACUAAACUACCUCAAAGUAUCCAUUCAAAAAGACUAACCACAAAGUCACUUAAAAUGUUUGAGCACUAAAAUGUCAUUGAUACAAACACGGUACCCCAAAUAGAAACAGUUUACUCAUAGUUUAGGGUAACACCAAAAGUGACCAAACCAAGCUCAUAUAAGCUUAAUUGAAGAAUUAUUGCAAAGCAAUAUCUAUGUUAUCUCCCAAAAACAAAAUUGUUGGUGGAUCAUAUGAGCUUCCAAUACUAAAAAUUCACCUACUCGAUUGCCAGGGAUUCAUGGAGCUUGUAGAAAUAGUAACAUAUAGCUGAACACAAAGUAAGCAUGAUAUAUUUCCCUCUGCAGCUUGGUAUAUUCAUUAGUUCAGCUCCACAUCUCCUUCCCUAUUAUAAUCCUUAAUUUAGGUCUGGUAGCAUCCAUUAAUUAACCGUCUGAAUUAUAACGCAACAAAGUAUACAAUUGAAAUUAUGAUAGUUUGAUCCUUCUAAAGAAUCUGAAAGACAUCAUUGAACACUUCUUACAUAAUUGAUGUUCAUGUUGCGGGCAUGACGUUCAAAUAAGUGUUAGUGAAAUCAUAUCGUAUUGUCGGUUCGACCGUAAAAAUACCUGUUUGGUACGCGAUUUUUAGCGAUAUGAAACGAUUGAACAAAAUAUCCUAGCGCUAGCUCCUCAUGUACAACCAACAGUACAAUAUCACAAUCCUUGGUUCAAAUCUGUCCACCACUAAAAAAAUUUAGUUAACUGCAUUGUAAAAUGAGUUAAUUGAUGACAUAUAAUUAACUUCUCGGAUUUUAUGUCACAACCGAUUGUUACUACAUAAGCUAUUGACAGAGUUCCAUUGAAGGCAUUUUAUGAACUAACUUGAUGCAUAUAUUACUGUAAUUGAAAAUUCAUUGGGGUUACUAUUGAAAUAUAUGUACGUGCAUGUGGGCUGAUUUGUAAAUAUGCACAACUAAGUGGACUGGUUAGUAUUUUGGCAUGAAGGUCUGUGGUUAGAGCUAAGUGCAUGGCCGCCUAUAAAUCCUACGUUUAGGGUCUAUGGAGAUGUAUAAUAUAAGUAAGAAGGACGUUAACCACCGUGGAGUAAAAUCUCUCUGAAAGGCAGAAACACGUUAAAUCUCGUGUCUCGUUCGAUUAUGUCUUUUGGAUUCUGAUUGUUUAACAGUUACUUGCCAACAAUACUCUGCCCCUAGAUCUCGAACCUGGCUUGCAUAGAUAGAAUCAUAGAGCUCUCUGCUAACGCAAUACUAUUCUUGUGAUAUUCAAUGACAUCAUGGUCAUCCAGAUCAAUCUGCAAGCACAUGAACAUACAAAGAAGAAGAAAAAUAUAUCUCCAAAAUCUCGAUCCUUGAUCACAUUUUUAUAGGCAAUGCCCCAAACUACCAAUAAAAGCAAUUAGUUUCUUAUUUAUUCUUGAGAGGCUCUCUUCGGGAAUGUGAGGAUCUGAUCGAGGUCUUGAAUGAGUACGAGGAACUCAGUGGCCAAAAGGUGAACUUGGCUAAGUCGGCGGUAUGCUUCAGUAAGAACAUUUCUACGCCAGACCAAGAUUUCUUGGCGCAAAUUCUAGGGGUUGGGGCGGUGAGGGUUCAUGAUAAAUAUCUCGGCUUACCCAUGCCGAUUUCCAGAUCUAAGAUGGAUACGUUCCGCUAUCUUGAGGAAAAUCUACUGGAAAGACUCCAAGGUUGGAAACAGAGAACUUUAUCAUGGGCAGCUAAAGAGACUUUGAUUAAAUCAGCUGCGCUAGCUCUGCCUUUGCAUGUUAUGUCAUGUUUCAAACUACCCUUCUCUUUGUGCCGCCUCUUGGAUAAACAUGUGGCCAGAUUCUAGUGGGGUGUUGAGGAGGGUCGAGCCAAGAUACGGUGGAUGUCUUGGCGAAAUAUGUGCCAAAGUAAGCAUGAUGGGGGUGCGGGGGUUCGUCACUUCGAACAUUUUAAUCAGACUCUCUCAGCCAAAAUUGGUUGGCGAAUCUUGAAUGAACCCCAGUCCCUCUUAGCCCAGGUUUACAAAGGCAAAUAUUAUCCUACUGGAACAUUCCUCUCUGUUACGACUCACUCUCGACCAUCUUGGGGAUGGCAGAGUAUCCUCUUUGGUCGUCAACUAUUGGAGAUGGGGUUAAGAUGGAAAAUCGGGAAUGACCGGACUGCCUCUUUGCUUCAUUCCAACUGGAUUCUUGGGAUACAUCCAGAUCUCCUGGUGUUUAACCCCAGGGUGCUGCCUCAUGGAGGGGAUCUUCCAGUUGCAGAGGUGCUCUGCCAAUGGGAAGGGCGUUGGGAUGAUGGUAAACUUAACCAAUGGUUUGACCCAGCCACUUGUCGAGUAAUAAAAACAAUCCUUGUUCCUCGACAUAACAUUGAGGAUAGGCUAAUCUGACAUGGCACGACUGAUGUCGUUUUCUCGGUAAAAUCGUCCUACCACGUUGCUGUCUUGCUAGAUAAAAAAAUGGAUCGUUGGAAGUCCAUGGUCAGUUGGAUAGAUAGGGCGAGCUAGAUUCGAUUGUGGGAUGCUAAUAUUCCUCCCAAAUUGAAAGUCUUUGUGUGACAAAUUUUCAACUGCAUCUUACUAACAACUGAGGCCUUAAUUGAGAGGGAAAUCCCCGUGCUUCCCAGGUGUCCCGUUUGUUAGGGAGAUCCCGAAACAAUGGAAUAUUUGUUUCUUGAUUUCCCUGUUGCUCGUGCUCUCUGGGAUCAUUCGGGGAUAGAACAUCUUGGGCAAGGAUUGCCUCGACACACCUUUUCGUUGUUUCUAAAAAGGUUGAUGUCUCUUAUCCACCAACCUCCUCUUUUCAUGGCAGUUGUCGCUCUUUUAUGGACGAUCUGGCGACCUCGUAAUUGGGUGGUUUUUGAAGGAAAACAGUUUGGGAUCCCCGUCUUGAUGCGACAAUUUAAUCAGCAAUAUGAGGAGUGGGUAAGUUUGUCGGCGGACCCGAUGCUCCAAGUUCAAAGGCCCUUAUUGCAACAAUUGAGUCAUGUAGGGCUCUCAUUUGCAAUUUGUAUGUGGGAUGGGGCGACAAGGAGUAGGUCUCAUUCGGCAGGCGGAAUGGUUAUUAUGAACCAGGAUAGGGAAAUUCUCUUGGCUACUAGGGUACAAUUCAUGUUGAUUGAUGACCCUAUGGUGGUUGAAUUCCUUGUGCUCCGUGAGGCUGUUUUAUGGUGUUUGGAUCAUGGCUUCACGGAGAUGAGAUUCGAAGGUGAUGCUAAAGUGGUCAUUGACAAAAUCAAUAGGGUUGAUACUAGACAUUAUCUGCUGGGGGCGCUUUUCGAAGAAAUUGUGCAUUGCUUUGAAGUCCAUCCAGGGUUUAGUGUUCGAUUUGUAGGUCGGCGUUACAAUAGGGUAGCCCAUUUGGUGGCUAGAAAGACCCUUUCUUUGUACCCGACUAUGAGUCGAUUAUUUGAUUACCAGGCCUUGCUGAAUUCCAGGAUGUAACUAUCUCUGGUUUAAAUCAAUAUAUGAUUAUCUUUUGUAAAAACAAAUAGUUUUAAAAAUCAAAGCCUAUAUUGGUAAUGGAAUUUGGGAUCCCCAAACUACUUGUGAUAACAUUUAACCUAGCAACUUACCAAAUUCUUAUGCCGUAGCCUUGUAAGUAUUUGAACAUAUUAUCAAAUGAUAUAUCACAAUUCACAAAUAUACAAAUUCAACUUAGAAAUUCCAUAAAAAUGCACUAUUAAGGUGUUUGAAUUCUAUGGUGUAUACUUGUUUUAAAUAGAAAUGUAUGCAUGAAAAGAAUCAUAAAAUUUGCUUAACGUAGAUGGUGAGAUAGUUGUUCCUAAUUGAUCGGAUGUAGGAUUUGAUUCCCAUACCCAACCUAAUGAAAAUAUUUUCAGCCCCACCUCUCUACACAUCUUAGCCACUGCCUACUGUCCGUAUUUGAGGAUUCAUAAGCAAUAUCUCGCUCAGUUCAUCUUAAUGAUAUAUAAACUUAGAAAACUUUGGAUCAGUGGUUUUUUGCAAUAACUGAUUAAUCAUGAACAGGGGCUAAGUCAGAAUUUGUAGUUCGGGUGAGCAAAAAAAAAAAUUUAACCUACAUUAUGCGUUUAUGUCCAACAUAUAUAACUAGGUUAAAAACAAUAAAAAUCGGCAUACAUC